ACGCCCACUUGUCGGUCUAUAAAGGUGGCGGGCGAGCCCCAGCAGCAGCACGCACCUUGGGGCCUCUCUCAUCCUCUAGAGCAAACAGUCUUCCCGCCGGUUGCCACCAUGACCACCACUAUCCGCCAGUUCACUUCCUCCAGCUCCAUCAAGGGCUCCUCGGGCCUGGGGGGUGGCUCCCGCACCUCCUGCCGGCUGUCUGGCAGCCUAGGUGGGGGCUCCUGCCGGCUGGGGUCGGCCAGCAGCCUGGGCAGUGCCCUCGGGGGCAGCAGCAGCUUUUCCGGCUGCUACAGCUUUGGUGCUGGCGGUGGCUAUGGCAGCAGCUUUGGGAGUGUCGAUGGGCUGGUGGCUGGAGGAGAGAAGGCCACCAUGCAGAACCUCAAUGACCGCCUGGCCUCCUACCUGGACAAAGUGCGUGCUUUGGAAGAGGCCAAUGGUGAGCUGGAGGUGAAGAUCCGAGACUGGUACCAGAAGCAGGCUCCAGGGCCUGCCCGUGAUUACACUCACUACUACCAGACCAUUGAGGACCUGAAGAACAAGAUCCUCACAGCCACUGUGGACAAUGCCAAUAUCCUGCUGCAGAUUGAUAAUGCCCGUCUGGCCGCGGAUGACUUCCGCACCAAGUUUGAGACGGAGCAGGCGCUGCGAAUGAGUGUGGAGGCCGACAUCAAUGGCCUGCGCAGGGUGCUGGACGAGCUGACCCUGGCCAGAGCUGACCUGGAGAUGCAGAUUGAGAAUCUCAAGGAGGAGCUGGCCUACCUUCGGAAGAACCACGAGGAGGAGAUGAACUCCCUGCGAGGCCAGGUGGGUGGCGAGAUCAGUGUGGAGAUGGAUGCAGCCCCUGGCGUGGACCUGAGUCGAAUCCUGUCAGAGAUGCGUGACCAGUAUGAGAAGAUGGCAGAGAAGAACCGCAAAGAUGCUGAGGACUGGUUCUUCAGCAAGACAGAAGAGCUGAACCGUGAGGUGGCCACCAACAGCGAGCUGGUGCAGAGCGGCAAGAGCGAGAUCUCUGAGCUCCGGCGCACCAUGCAGGCCUUGGAGAUUGAGCUGCAGUCUCAGCUCAGCAUGAAAGCAUCCCUGGAGGGCAGCCUGGCGGAGACAGAGAACCGCUACUGCGUGCAGCUGUCUCAGAUCCAGGGGCUGAUUAGCAGCAGGGAGGAACAGCUGGCUCAGCUGCGCUGUGAGAUGGAGCAGCAGAGCCAGGAGUACAAGAUCCUGCUGGACGUGAAGACCCGCCUUGAGCAGGAGAUCGCCACCUACCGCCGCCUGCUGGAGGGCGAGGACGCCCACUUGACACACUACAAGCCCAAAGAACCUGUGACCACACGCCAGGUGCGCACCAUUGUGGAGGAGGUCCAGGACGGUAAGGUCAUCUCCUCCCGAGAGCAGGUCCACCAGACCACCCGCUGA